AUAAUGUUUAUUUAUUGUUCAGUAGCAACUGCUAACUGCCGACUUGUCGAGUGUCGACUAGCAAAAUAGCAAGUAGCAGAUACUUAGUACUGACGUGUUGAUAAAUUAUAUUGCAAUAUAAUUAUUAAAUUUAAUUCUUCAUACACAAUAUACAUAUAUUGUACUUAUUCACAAUUCACUUUUCAUGUUAGUGUUCUACAAUAAACAUUCAGUACAUUAAAUAAAUGAUUUAAAAUAAAAUUUGUAUAAUUACUUUUAUGUUUGAAUUUUGUUUUAGCAAAUAAUUCAUAUUAUUAUUAUUUUAUUUGUGCUGUAUAAUCUAAGUUCUAUCAAAAUGUAUACAAAUCAAUACACUCCUCAGUAUUCACAGUAUAAUCAACAAUAUCAACAAUAUCCAUCUAAUUACUACCAAAUGUACAAUUAUAACCAACAACCUGCUUAUAACGUUCCACCACCAACACAAACAGCUGCAACGUUUAUAAGUCCAAACGUACCUGUUCAACAACCACAAGUAUCAACUCCAGGACAAAAUGUUACAAGUUUAUGGAUGGGAAGUCUAGAACCGUAUAUGACGGAGAGUUUUAUCACAGGUGCUUUUCAAAAGAUGGGAGAAUAUCCGAAGAAUGUUAAGUUAAUGCGUAAUAAAAAUACUGGUGAAACUGCUGGCUAUGCCUUUGUUGAUUUUUAUGAUCCUGUAUCUGUUAUGCAUAAACUCAACGGAAAAUAUAUACCUGGUACUAAUCCACCUGUUAGAUUUAAACUCAAUCAUGCUGGAAAUCCUGGAAAAAUUUCUACAAGUGAUAGAGAUUUUUCUGUUUGGUUAGGUGAACUUAGUUCUGAUGUAGAUGAUUAUCAGUUAUAUAAAACAUUUGCUUGCCGUUAUCAAUCUAUACGUACAGCUAAAGUGGUUUUAGAUAGUGCUGGUUACAGUAAAGGAUAUGGAUUUAUUCGUUUUGGUAGUGAAGAAGAACAAAAACACUGUCUUAACAAUAUGAACGGUUUUCCAGGUCUUGGUUCCAAACCCAUAAAGGUUAGCAGUGUCAUACCCAAAUCAGAACGUCAUAUUGUUGUUGCUUCAAAUGAAUCUCAAGGGUAUAAGGCUAGUCAAGAUUAUGGACAGUAUUUUGAAACCAACUACUGGCAUCGAUACUCAAUGUGGAACCAACCUCAAAGUCAGAAUUGUGUGCUUAAGCCAGAAUCAGCUAUUGAAACUACUGCUAUUAAAACUAAUGGGAAUUCAAAUUUAGUUGAUUAUAAAAAGUCAAUUGAUAUAGAUGCAUUAAACAAAGAAUUGGUCACACAAGAUUAUAAUUUAUGGGAUGCACUUGAAAGUUCGAAAUGGCUACCACUCGACACUAUAGAAGUUAUUUAAAUUUGAAUAAAAUCAUCAAAUAUUAAAAAAAAACAUUUUGAUAAGUUUAUUUGCUCAAAUAUGUCAUUUCUUGUAUAUACUUAUAAAAAGUAAUGAUUCUAAAAUAUUUUCAUGUAUUUUAUUUACAACACAUAAAAACUAACUUUUGAGAAAUAUUGCUUAAGAUAACUUAAAAUUAAUAAACAACUAAUGUUAUUCUAUUCUUCAAGUAUCAAUUAAUUAUUUUUUUUA